AUGGUGUUCUUUUUUGUCUUUCUUCUUUUCUACUUUGCCCUGCUCAAAAUUGUGGUACUGUCCCGAUUUCAGGAAGAGGCUGACAAUCGCAUGCUACUGCUGAGCAGUUCUUCCGUAUCCUCUGCCUACACGACUAAUUGUCACUGUUGCAGAGUUAGUCAGGCCGUGCCGGUGUCGCCAGGUCCUGUCGUCUGUGAUUCGCCUGACGGUGGUAACCGCACUGUCUAUCCAGUCGCGAUGAGCGCAACACAAUGCACAUGUGAAGAGAAAUGCUGA